GAGGAGAAUUGCUCGAUGGUGCCCAAUCCACUGCCUUAGUCGCGAGCUAUUUACGCAGGGGACAAGCAUUCGUGUGAGGCCGUGCGCACGAUCUCAACCGAGCCUGAUGGAUGAAAGACUGGCAUGAGUGCCGAAACAGUUGCUUUUCCUUCCUUCAAAUAUCUGUACAGUGAUUUCUGCCACCGACGCAACUGUCGUCCAUCAUCAGCCAGACUGCACGCUGCAGUCUCUCUCGCCAAGAGGCCUCGUGCAACUUUCUGCGACUGGCUCGACACAGGCUUUUGCUCGGAGGCAGCGGACAGGCACGACAGGAGAAUUCUCACGAUCCACCCGCCGGUCCGGCGACCUGUCAGGGCAGACCACAUGCAUUCCUGCCAGGCACCGACCAAUGGAGUCACGGCCCCGGGUCCCGGCCGUUAUGCAGCUAGAAAAGACGGUUCCCCAAGCCGUCGGGCACCCUCUGGGCCAAUUGCAAGCUUUGAAAUGGGUCGGGAGGGUACUCUUACACGAGGUAUCAGCCUCUGCGUGUGGGUGGCGAUGAAGCGCAUGGUCCAUUACGAAAUGGACAUUAUCGACAAGUACCUGCGAGCACCGAACUUUAAGUCUUCUGCUCGGCUCUGGAUGCUGAAUCCGGGUCAGGAACCCGUCCCUCCAAGCCAGUGACAACACAGUGCCACUGGUUUGAAUUUUGCGACCCUGGACUGCACACCAUCUUUCUCUGCCGUUUGCUGACAAGCUCUGAU